AUCCAAAAGCCCGCUGUCUGCCUACGGUCGAAACGCUGAUGUGAGAUACCAAAGACGGCCGGAGGUGAGGCAACGGCCGCGGUGCCAAGAAAAUGGCGAAGGACGCGAUUCUAGGGUUCCUCCAGGCCGACGACGGGAUCACCGACUCCCACGAGUUCACCGCCGUUGACGGAGUCGACCAUACUGAGCUCGAGAAAGUCAUCAAGGGUCUCUAUGGCUUUGAGGUCGUCGAGGCCAACGCCUUUCAAUCUCCCAACCCUGGUCUUUAUUAAUUGUCUCUUGAGGAUUCCUACAGGAAAUUUAAGAAGGACAAUUAUCUUUUUAGCGAAGAGGGGAAACUGUAUGCGGUUAAAGGAUCGCCGGAGGUCAACUUCUUCUUGGCCGUACCUCCGAGGGGAUUUCCUUGGAAAAUAUGAUGGCAAGAUUGGAUACCUAGGUUUUCAGUAUUGGGUCAUCAUGGGCUAAAAAGAAUGAUCGAAUUGAGAUUGCCAGGGGAUCUGUAUCUAGAAAGUUAUCAUGAAGGUUUGAAGAAAUGGGUGGAGGUUGGGAACUCUGGCAUGUUCACACCUGAAAUGGUGCUCCCUAUGCACGGGGUUUCCCUUGAGAGGUAAUUGUGUUUGCUUGAUUCUUUAGAACGCAAGGCAUAUCAUGAUUCAGAAAGCAACCUGCUGUUACCAUUGCAGCGUAAGUUGCUUGAGGCACAACUUAAAUGAGGUCUAACAUAAACUAUUUAAGUUUUGUUAGGCUACAUUAGAAUGAUCAUUCAGUUGUUGUCAGAUGUGAUGUCAACAGUUUGUGGUCGACACAGUUAAAGAUGAUUGACCUUUUGUCUCUUGUUUCGGAAAAUAUUAGUUUUGUUGUAGCAUCCAUUUUUAUCCAUGAUUAGAUGGAGAAAAACUAGACAUAGUACAAAAGUACCAAAGUCAGGGUGAACUACUGAUCAAAUGCUUGGUUAAGAUCCUGCGUAAAUUACUGCUGUUCGGAGCUGCAUCAUGCAUUCUUAACUCUUGUUAUAAUCUACGAAACAACAUUUUUAGCCUGUACAUAUCUUUGUCUUUUGGUACUCUAUGUUACUCCAUUUAGUGGCUUUUAAAUUUCUGUCAAUUCCAGGCCAACUAUGAUUUAUAUAGAAUUGACAAAAUUCAAGAUCUCUUAGGACUGAAGGUCUGACAAAUUUAGUCAAGUAUGGUUGGAUUAGAAUAUUGGUCUGGAACUAGGGUGGUAGAUCUACUCCUGACCAAUUUAUGAUCAUGUUUAAGAUCUGAUUUUGUAAUAUCCAGCCAACUGGGCCACUUUUGUUGCUAAAUGAUUAGUACUACUCAAGUUUAGUAAUAUUUUGAUCAACCAUAAACUUUUUUUCUCUUUUUUUAUUAAUCAGUGAAUUUGUUCAAGAACCUACAUGUGCCAAUUGUCCCAUAUUUAAAGAAAAAUAAGAGAUAGGUAAUUUGAAUGCUCAGGGUAGGUAUUAUUGGUUGAUCCAUGGGCUGAUCCAUUUGCGACCAUUUAUUAUUUUGUUGGUUUCCUAUACCCAUUACCGACGCAUUUAUGAAAGUUCUUCCAUAUCUGUUUACUGUCUAGCUGGCUGGUCUAGUUUGCUUACUAUUAUUUAUAAAUGUUUUGAUUUGCUUUCUCCUUAUUUAUAAGGAUAAAUCCAAGUAUAAAUUGGCAUAUUAUUCAGCUGACUUGCCUUCAGUAAAUUGAAUCAUCUGGUUCUCUCAACUUUGCUUCUAUGUUGGAAUUUUUAAUGAUAUGAGCCUAAGUCUUAGGACUAAUAUACAUAAGAUUGAAAACCAAUUCAAUUCAAAAUCUUAGUAAGUUGCACAUAAAACUCAGUGUGUGUCACCCAACUCUUUUAAUCCUUAGCCAUGUUAAUUUUAAUCAUCACUCAAUAUUCAUCUCAUGCAUAAAUAUUUUUCUAACAAAUCCCACCUUUAUUAAAAGAAUUGUGUUACUCUGUUUUCUUAGACAAUCUCAUUUGUCCAUGUUAUAGCUGUGAGUUUUGCUUCACCACUCUAAUUUGUCAAUUACACUCAUGUUUGAAAAAUGUUGACAAAAUGACAAUCACAUCCCUCAAUGAAUUGACAGUUCUUCCCUGCUUUGCCUAAUCAAAAGGAACCAAACUAAAUGAAAAGCCAAAGACUUCAGUUUCUACAAGAAAAAUACAAUGUACUUAGAUGGUCUCUCAGGGAGGUUUAGCCAGAUUCAAAGCACCCAUAGGAACAAGACAGCCAUUUUCUUGGACUGCACCACCGGCAGUAGGCCACUCAAAUUGUCAUGUUUAUGAUAAGGAGCAAUAAAGUGCACAGACACAACAAACAAGUGACCCAAACAUGACUUUAGGGAAGCCCCAUGAGACUUCCCAUCCAUAUCCCAUGGACCAGCUCAUAAAUCAUUCACAUCCCUGGAUGUGUACACUCCACCAAUGUUCAUAAUCCCCCCCCUACAUUUCAGAUUCAGGAGCUUGCUGGUCCUACAUUUAUUUUACCAUUCCUUUAAUUCUAAAGCUCCUUUGGCUUUGUUAGUACUGAGAUAUCAUUAAAGUAAGCUGAGACUUGGAAAUACCGAAAUACUGGGGACAAAGACUUUGGAAAUAUCUGAAUUAUUGUAGAAUAUGCAUGAAAUUCCCCAACUGAACACAAAAUUAGGAAUAAAUUUGAAAAAAAAAGAAUCAUGUAGUUGAAUAUUAAUUGAAAACUUUCCAUCAGAACUUACAUGAAGAUUUUAGAGAAAUAUAGAAGUUAUGUAAUUAUAGAUCAAAAGAGGUCUCAUGGAACAAAACAUGAGGACAAGGUUGGCUUACCUACUUGGAUAGAUGUAACUUGCAUUGGGGUCUUAGUUUACAUGUCCCACACAGAUUUAUUAAGGUCUUGUUAUAGCUAUGAUGAUUGACCCUUGUUUGUAUCAACAAAUGCACAGAACUCUUUGGUUGACCUUCAAUUGCCACUCGGCACUUUAUUGUCAUGUCAUGCAUGCAGCUUCCCCAAGAUCUAUAAAAGAGGUCAAAGCCCUAAAUAGAACAAAUGACCUUCUAAUUCUGUUAACACUUCGUUUACAAAAUAGAUGCUUAGCAUAAUAGACAUGAUGGGAACUUUGUGAAAACCUUGUCUUGCUUUAGACAGCUUUAUUUUUCUCUUUGUUAACACUUUAGGGAUGGGAUGCAUAUAAUUAAUUUUCAGAAAGAAAAUUACACACAUGUCAGGUCUAAGUUGGAUCAAGACAAGCACAAUAGGCUGUGAGUUGAUCACUACUGAAAAAAGGGGUCCUCAAUAAUUUCUUGCCGAACGUAUCUUCUUUUAUGUGAAUCAAAAGCUAGAUACGGGCCACAAGUGAUACAUAUAUAGCACUCCAAUUUCAAGACAAAAAGGAAGUCUUUAGAAGAUGCUGAAGCCCUUCCUCUUGGGAAAGUGCAAAAUUAUAGGAGGUGGUGUAGGGCCUGAAGAUGUCUCCUAUCUUUUGUUCACGAACCUUCCUUCUCCCCUCGUCAGAUCAGGACACAAAAAUGUUUGCUUGUGAGAACACUUGUGGCGAGAGUUGUGUCAGUGACGAAACCAAGCAAGUAGCUGAAAGAAAGAGAGGACACUCGAAGGCGGUCCUCUUGAGCUAAACUGAGGUCCAACUUACAAGCAAAAAUUUGGGCCAUGGACAUACAACACCACCAAAGGGAGAGAGUGAAGACAGCUAGUGAAGGUAAUAAGGGUGGUGUUGUUCCUCCACCACCCCCACCAUCAUCAGCAGCUGCUUCGCCUUCUCAUGAGUUCUCCUUCACCAUCUCCUUCCACCCUCCACUAAGCUCAGCACCAAAGACCCUCAAAAGCGGCAAGGCCACGGCCACUUCCGCCGUCGACUUGGCCCCGGCCGACGAUAUCUUCCUUCACGGCCACCUCCUCCCCCUCCACCUGCUCCCUUCCCCGACCAGCCCUCCCCGCCCCUCGGACAUUACCUUCGAAAACUUCGGCCUCACUGUCGACCACGCCGACGCCGACCGAAGCCAGAAGCAUGAGGCCGGCGUCGACCACGAAGACGACGGCGGUAAGAACAGGGAGAAAGCCAAGGGCAGGAGCUUGUCUUCCUUCUUUGGCUUCGGGUGGUUGAGGAGGAGGAACGGCGAUGGAGAGAAAGAGGAGGACUUCAAGAAGAAGCCGCAGAAGAAGAAAAGAGGGUUAGACGUGGGCCGGCUUCUGAGGAAGUACGCGAGAAUCGUGGAGCCGCUCUUCUUCCUCCGGGCGGAGAAGGAGAAGCCCGACCUCCGCCGGAGGCCGUACUCCUUCUCCGGCCACUCCACCGGUAGGGAACGGGAGGGGUGGCGGAGUAAGUCGCAGCUGUCAGCGCCGGACUCCACGACGACGUCUCGGACCAACAGCGGCCUCCUCUCCGCCACAUCCAUGGCCUUCUCUUCCUCCGACAACAGCACCAUGGAGGAGCUGCAGAGCGCGAUCCAGGCGGCCAUCGCGCACUGCAAGAACUCCAUUGCUUCCAAGCAGGAGAUGCAUGUAAACGCCGCGACUAGGUAGUAAAUUUGUGUGCAGCGUAAGAACCGAUGGCACGUAGAAACUGUGCAGGUGAUGUAGAUGAUUGAGAUGUGUCUCUGUGCAAGAACAUGUCACUGAAGAGACAAUUCAAUCUUCAAUUAAAGGAUUUGUUCUUUUAA